AUGAAGAAGACGCUCACGGCUGCGUCAAGGAGGCAGUACUCGGGACUGGACUUCAAGAAGCGGGCGUGCAGGGAGUACAGGUGCAUCCUGCACCCGCGCUCCAGGUUUAGGAGGUGGUGGGACAUCUUAAUACUCAUUCUGCUCCUCAUGAACCUGGUGCUGAUGCCGCUGCACCUAGGCUUCUUUCGCUUGCCGGGCAUCGAGUGGCAGUUCUACUCACUCUUCUCGGACUUCAUGUUUUUCGCGGACAUGAUGCUCAACUUCAGGACAGGUAUCGACGAUCGCAAGCAGGGCAUCGUCAUCAUGGAUCCAGUUCAGAUUAGGCGGCACUACCUGAAAGGCUGGUUUCCCGUGGACCUCGUGAGCAGCCUACCGCUAGACUUCCUCGUGCUGAACUGGCCGGCACAAUACCGCAACAUGGACCGCAGAUCCACGUUAUCGCAACUCGCCAAGCUCAUCAGCUUCGUCAAGCUUAUCAAGAUCAGCCGCCUGUUUCGCUACGGUGGCCGCACCGAACAGAUAAUGUUCUAUCAGACGACGGGUGUAUACCUGCAGUUGGGCAACAUCCUGGCACUCAUCUUCCUGGCUGUGCACUGGCACGCCUGCCUGCAGUUCUUCGUCGGCUCCUUGAUGGGCUUCCCGCCGAAGUCCUGGAUAUCCAUCGCCAACCUGCAGAACAAGCCGUGGUGGGUGCAGUACUCUUGGGCGGUGCACAACACGGUGUCCCUCAUGAUGACCAACAGCUACGGCGUGGCACAGAAGACCGGCCUGCUGAUCGAGGAGUGGAUCCAGGUGAUGGGCAUGUUCUUUGGCGCCCUCUGGCAGGCCCUGCUCCUCGGAUACGGCGCCAACCUGCUCGCCCACAAGGACUACACCAAGAACGUCCAGAGGGAGAGGAUGCAAGAGGUGGAGGAGUUCAUGAGCUACUACGACUUGCCCGAGAGGUUGCGGGUGCGCAUCAGGUCGCACCUGAACGCCCAGGCCAUGUUCCUCAACGACAAGGACAUCCUUUCCUCGUUGUCUGGGACGCUGCGAGAGCCUGCUGCCUCGGUCCUCGCCGCAACCACGAGACAAUAG